UCGAUCGAUAUUUCCUAAGCUCCUCUGUUUCCAAAAACACUACUCAUCUCUUCUUGUUCUUUUGCGCUCUUUCGUUGAAACCAGAGGGAGAGGAAGAGAGAGAGAGGCAAUGGAGACGCUUAGAAGCUUCGUCGUUCUCUUUGUACUCUCCGUGUUCAUGGCUUUAAUGGCGUCUUCAGAAGCUUAUUUCUUCUACGUGGGAGGAAGAGAUGGGUGGGUUUUGAACCCUUCCGAGAGUUACUCUCAUUGGGCCGAGAGGAACAGGUUUCAAGUUAAUGAUAGCCUCGUGUUCAAGUACAAGAAGGGGGAGGACUCUGUUUUGGUGGUGAGAGAGGAGGACUUCGACAAGUGCAAUGUGAGCAACCCUGUAGAGAGGCGUGACACGGGGAGCUCUGUUUUCACGUUCGACCGAUCGGGGCCCUUCUUUUUCAUCAGUGGCGUGGAGGAGAAGUGCCUCAAGGGGGAGAAGCUCGUUGUAGUAGUGUUAGCCGUGAGGAGCAAAUCCCCUGUUACCCCUGCACCCACCUCUCCUUCCCCUGCUUCCCCUGUUUCUCCUGGAUCAUCUCCUUCCCCUGCUUCCCCUGUUUCUCCUGGAUCAUCUCCUUCCCCUGCUUCCCCUGUUUCUCCUGCACCAUCCCAUUCCCCUGUUUCCCCUGUUUCCCCUGUUUCGCCAACUCCUGCUCCUGCACCAUCUAAGAGCUCCCCUGUUUCCCCAACUCCAUCUCCUGCGCCAUCUAAGAGCUCCCCUGUUUCUCCAACUCCAGCUCCUGCGCCUUCGAAGCGCUCCCCUGUUUCUCCAACUCCGUCUCCUGCGCCAUCAAAGAGCUCCCCUGUUUCUCCAACUCCAUCUCCUCCUCCAUCUAAUAGCUCCUCCCCUGCUUCCUCCCCAUCUCCAUCAUCGCCUCCUCCCACUUCCACCAUCUCUGCGCCUUCGCCAAGUGCCGGGGCCUCUCCUGGGCCUUCCCCUGAUUCUUCCUCCUCUGUUUUGAUUGUGCCCGAGAUAGGGUUUGGUGUCCUGUUUGCGGUUUUGGGUGGUGGGCUUUUACUUUGAAGGCGAUGAUGCAUUGUUUGGUGUUUCAAUUGGGUGGUGAGAGGUGGUGUUAAAUUAUAUAACAAUAACAAGUGUUAUAGAUUGUUGGGAUUAUUAUUUAGGUUAGUGGGUUGUGAUCUUUUCUUUCUCUUUUUCUCUCUUUUUUUUUGUGUUUAUGUGUGUGUGUGUUCAUAUUAAUGUGGGUGCAAUGACAUUGGUUUUUGCUUCAAAUAAAAUUAUA